GAAGAAAUGGCGGUGCUUUUGGAUGUCAAUUUGUAAACAAGAAAGAAGAAACGAGGAGAUAUGGUAGUGCCCUAGACUGACUGAUGGCUGUAGUAACUACAUUUGUGGAGGGCUGGGAUUUCGUCCAGACACUCGGGGAAGGCGCUUACGGAGAAGUGAAGCUGGCUGUCAACACUGACACACAAGAAGCUAUAGCGGUAAAGAUCAUCAACUUGGAACGAUGUCCUUCAGCAGCCGAGAGUGUUCGCAAAGAGGUGUGUGUUCACAAAAUGUUGAAUCAUGACAACGUGAUCAAAUUUUUCGGUUUCCGGAAAAAUGGCAAUAUGCAGUAUUUGUUUCUGGAAUAUGCAAGUGGCGGAGAGCUAUUCGACAGAAUAGAGCCGGAUGUUGGCAUGUCUCAGGGAGACGCUAACAAGUAUUUCAAACAGCUUCUGGCAGGAGUGGAGUACCUACACAGCCGCGGCGUCACACAUCGAGACCUGAAGCCAGAGAAUGUCCUCCUGGAUGAUUUUGACAAUUUGAGGAUAUCUGACUUUGGUCUUGCUACUGUGUUCCGUUACCAAGGCAACGAGCGGCUACUAGAACGCUGUUGUGGCACUGUGCCAUACGUAGCGCCGGAGGUGAUCAGUCGCAAGCCGUACCACGCAGAGCCUGCAGACGUGUGGUCGUGUGCUAUCAUACUUGUAGCUCUCCUGGCUGGAGAGUUGCCGUGGGACGAGCCGAACUACGGUUGUCAGGAGUACAGUGAUUGGAAAGACUGCCGGAUCACGGUCCCACCUUGGAGCAAGAUCGACAACCUGGCACUGUCUUUACUACGGAAGCUGCUGGUGGAGAACGCCUCAAAGAGAUUUACAAUCCGACAGAUCAAGGGACAUCAGUGGAUCAACAAAAACUUCAACAAGUCUCAUAAAGGGUCCUGGGGUCGCCUACCGUCAGGGUCACCAGGAGAUUCUCCGUGUGGCACGGGUCCAUUCAAGAGAGUCUGUUCUGGGUUGUCUCCCCCUGCACAUGGUCCAGACAGUGACAUUGUGCGGAUGUCAUCAUCCCAGCCCGACCCUCAACAGCUUCCAGGUGGGACGGGGGACACGAGUCAAACCUCGGUGGACGCUGUCUUCAGUUUCUCCCAGCCCGUUCAUCCAGAGAACAUGUUCCUCAGUAGCCAGUUCCAGGGAACACCCGGGUUAUCACAGACACCACUGCAGAAGAUGGUGAGGCGGAUGACCAGGUUCUUUGUGCGGGGGGACAAGGAAGGCAGUAUGGAUGAACUGGAGCGGGUCCUCCAACAGCUUGGGUACAACUACAAACGUAACUCUCCCGGCAUGGCCACAGUGAGUGCCCAUGACCGAAGGAAGAUGUCCCUAGUGUUCAAGGCCUGUCUACUGGAGAUGGGAGAAAAUCUGCUGAUGGACUUCCGACUGUCUAAGGGAGAUGGACUCGAAUUCAAAAGACAUUUCAUUAAGAUAAAAGACAAGAUGAAGGCAGUGGUCAGUAAGAUGCCCCCUGCCUACCCUCUGGUGCCCUCACAGGUCGCCCCCCUGGACACACACUGAUGUACAUCGGCUGCCCACACUUGCCAGGUGUUUGAGGACCUAUACUGACAGUGCAGGACAAUGUCACGUGAUCGCUGAUGAGCUGAUUUACAAAUCGAACAAUUGCUCAAUUAUAUAUACAACUUUAUUGAGGUUGUUAGUAAAACUGAUGUUUGAUAUGGAAGUAUAAGGGUGAAAACUUGCCAGUUUACUUGAAAUGUUGUGUACAGAGAUUGACAUUUUUUGAAAGUACCCUAUUGAGAGUAUUUUGUGCAAUUACUGAUUAAACCAUGCACAUUUGUUCUGGAAACAAAAUGGUGAAAAUUGGACUCAAUUGUGAAAUCGUAACUAUACAUUAGCUAAAAUGGUUAAUACUGUACUUAGAAAUGCUAAUUUACACUUAAAGAUCCCUGUUACACUGCUGAAAACUGAAACUAAGCGUUGGAAACUGGUUUUGACAACAUAACUAUAGCCUUGAUCAAUCAUUUUCUGAAAAGAAAAUCAUACCUCGCAGGAGUUUUGUGAGAAAUAAUAAAGAUGACAUAAACAAAAUAUAUUUAACAACAGUGUUUGGGGUGUAAAAAAAUAAAAAAAAUAAGCUAGACCGGGUUUGAACCCUGGACUCCAAGUUGUUGUAACGCUCUUACCAAUUGAGCUACCUGAUC